GUCGCGGCACUCACUCAUUCUAAUCCAUUCCAUUAUUUAUAUCAAAAGUAUACGAAUCGAAUUGAACGAACAACUUGCAUGAAAUUAAGUCGUCUCUGAAAAAUACAAAAUGUUUAGUAAAGUGUUAACGGUGUGUUUGGUACUCUACACAGUACAGGUUCUUGGUGGAAGCAUCAAACCGAAGCUCUCCCCCGAAGUUCAAAAUGUUGUUCAGCAGAUUGAUUUGAAAGCAUUACUGCUAGAGAAUGAUAUUAAGACGGCAUCAACAGAAAAGAAACAUGCUAUGGACAUGGUAAAACUCAAUACCAAGAUGGCCCUGAAGCAGUUGAAGACAGCUAUCAAAGAAGGCAAAGGUACCCUUUGUGGACAAGUUGCCAAUCUUCAAUCCAGGGCCGUUGAACAACGUGCAAACGAACUUAAAUUGUGCAACAACAAAUUGAAUCUGAAGGAACUCCAACAAGAUCUGCACGGUUACUUGAAGAAUCUCCAUGAAGAAGCUAUGCUUGUAGACAAGUACUGUGCCUUCAUCACCACAGAUUCCGCGGAGAUUGCUAAAUGUGUCACUGAUAGCGUCGCUGCUAUGGAAGCUAAGUUGAAUGAUGUUGAAACUGUGAUCAGCGUGGGUUUAGGUAAUCACCGAAAUGAGAGUGCGCAAUGUUUCAAUAGUAUUGUCGAUGAUGUUCAACUGGAGUGUGGAAGAAUUCAAUUGGAACUUGCAGAUUGUCUAAAUCCUACUACUGCUGCCCCGGUUGAGACUGAGGCACCUGCCAAGGAUGAUUCUUCAAGUAGCAGUGAAAGCAAGAGCUCCGAGAGUUCCGAAUCGAAAGAAUCUAAUGAAAGUAACUCUGGGUCGCAGGAGGUUAGCGAGGGUCCAUCGGUAUCUGAGACUGAAGAUGGUAACAACGGAAACAACGGUGGUGAGGAUGAUGAUACAGAGCAGACAUCUGAUGCUAGUAAUAACGGAGAAGAAGGUAAUUCUGGUGAAAGUUCAACUGCCGGAGAUGAUCAAGAGGGUGGUGAUAACGAUGGAGAGACUACCGUAGAUGAUAAUGAGGAAGAAACUUCAGAUAAAACUGAAACUGAAGAACCAGCAAAGGAAGAAACUCCAAAUGAAGAUGAGAAUGAGAGUGGAGAUGGAGAGGUUCCAGCUGAAGAGAAACCAGCUGAAGAAAUUCCUAAUGAAGAAGCUCCAGUUGAGGAAACUCCAAGUGAAGAAACUCCUGUGAAAGAACCUUCUAAUGAAGAAACUCCUGCUGAAGAAACCCCAGUUGAAGAAACUCCAGUUGAAGAAGCUCCAGUUGAGGAAGUUGCCAUCAAAGAAGCAGAACCCAAUCAACCCAUUGUUCUAAAAGACGAUGAUGAGAUCAACAUUGAGUACUAACUAGUCCGCCAAUCCACUCAACUGCAGCGCGCACUUGAACGCAUCAACUCGGAACCCACUAUCACUGACCUGCAGGCGUACGCAUUGAUAUUGUUAAACGUUACAAAAGUCUUGUUUCAGUUAUGGACUAAUUAGGAAAAAUUGUUAUAAAUAAAUUGUUGAUCAUUUGUUAAAAGGAAAA